GGUACAGUUCUAUCUCCCUUGCCAACGAUAUAAGGAAAGUUGGAAUGGUGUGGGUAUGCACUGCAGGCACUGACAAACACUUGAGACAUUCUCUAUCGGUUUGUCAGUGAAUAUUUUCAUCGGCCGUAGCCUGAUCCCAAACGGUGGGCAGGCAUGGCCAAUGAGAAGGUGCUGAUCACGGAGCCGGAUUCGGUGGGAGGAGCCGAGGGCGGGGCCACGGGCCAAAACCCCACCCCCUUCACAGACCCCUACGAGAGGGCGGUGAAAUACAUGGAGAAACACAACAUACUGCAGAUAUUCCAGGACAUUACGGAGAAACUGGUGUACGAACGCCCCGAUGACCCUCUACAAGCCAUGCUGGAAUGGGUGCAAACCAAGAUCAAGGAGAGGGAGGAGGCCAAGACACCGGAAUGAAAUAAAAUGCAGAAAAUUGGGCAAGAGGA